AUGUCUACCAAAAGCCUCAUGAAAAACCUAAACUCGUGUGUUAUUCCGUCUGAGUAUUGCCGAUAUAUAUGCAUUCUUUCCGGCAAUAAACUAUCCAUAAUAUUCGCGCCGGAAGGCCAGAACAUCGUUCGAAAUAUCGCUCUCAAAGAGAGCAUUACGGGUUGCGUUAAAGCUCUUCGAUGGUCAAAACCGCCUGGGCCCUCAAUUGCUGAACCUGAUGCAUUUUCACCUGACAGCCAGCGCAUUCUCUACGCGAGCGGAAACUAUAUUUCCGUCUGGGAUGUGCACGAUGAGAAUUGGUGUGCCGAAAUCGAAGCUGGCGACACAUUCAAUUUCACCUAUGUCGAUUUUGCAGCCACGCAUGAUGAAGUUAUCGCCUUUUCGGAAUUCAACGUCCACCUAACGAUAUUCUCCUUGUCGACUGGUGGUCAGCGCGUGAUAAAAUCACCCAAGUUUUCCAAUGCGACCGGCUACGGUUUUCGUCCGGCUACGGGCCACCUGGCGCUGCUGCUGAAACUUGACGCGAAUGAUACCCUAACUAUCCAUGAGCCGGAAACUUAUGAAGCCAUCACUACGGUGACUCUUAACACCGUUGAUGCCCAGGGCUUAAAAUGGAGCCCCAAUGGCGCGUGGUUGGGUGUGUGGGACUCUGCGAGCACGACGCCCAGGGUUGAGAUUUACACUGCGGAUGGGCAGUAUUACAGGACCUAUAGUGAGGCAGCCAACGAUUCAAAUCUGGGAGUGAAAACGAUAGAAUGGAGUCCAGAUUCGCAACUUUUGGCUAUUGGGAGGCAUGAUGGAACUGUUGCACUGACUAACUGCAAGACAUCCAGCGUCACAAACGGGACGAGUGAGUAUGUCCUAGCUCCGAAAUCACCUGUUUUCCCAUAUACUUUCAGCAGCGCUGGUGGUGGGGCACGCGCGGUAUCCUCAAUUGCCUUCAGCAGAAACAGACAUAUGCUGGCAACAAUCGACCAGAGCCUUCCCCAUAUCGUGUGGAUGUGGUCAACCAAAAGCCAAACCCCCAAGUUGAUUGGUUCUUUGAUCCAAAAAUCCAGUGUCCGCCAGCUGCUCUGGUGUCCCACGUUCCCGGAGCUACUGAUGACAGCCAACGAAGAUGACAUACCCACAGUGCACCAAUGGAUAUGCAAUCGUAGACCGCGAAUCGCUCGAAUACCCCUUGCGGAUGGAGGAAAGUACUCCGUCUCUUGGGUCAGAGCAGACUGUCGCCAGAGUGGUUUGAUAUGGGUUGGAUGGCAGACUGGGUAUACGUUUGGUUACGUCGUAGGGAAUGGCACGGAAACAGGCUUUACUCAGAUUCUGAAUAUUGAAGAUGAGCAUCCGGCUUUCAAUAUGGAUGACUUCCCCAUUACAGGAACAUGA